UAAAAAAAAAAAAAUUGUAUAUGUCUAUAGAUUUAGUUAUAUAUUAAAUUUUUAAUUAAUUAAACUAAUAGUAAACAAGAUUGUUUAAAAGAAAUUAAAAAAAAAACCUAAAUUGAAGAACCCUUAAAAAAUUGAAACAAAAAAAAAAUCAUAAAUCGAGUACAAAAUAAAAGUUGAAAAUAAAGAAACGGUUGUGCAAUUACUAAUUGAUUUUCUAUAUUCAUCGAUCUAUCGUCUUUUUCUAUUGUUUACCCAAAAUUUGGGCAAAAAUUUAGUGUAAUUGUGUUUCUUCUUUUUUACUUAAUCUGAUUAAUGCAAAUCAUAAGCUAAAUACAUACAUUACAUAUAUAUAUGCAAAAGAAGGUACUUUCCAGAUUUAAUUGACAAUUCAAGAAGCUAAUUAUACUAUCCAUAGAUUAUAAUGGCAGAUAGAUUCUUCAGCAGCUUAUAUCCUGAUGAAGCCAAUAGCUUUAUCAAUUACAAUUCUGCAUGUCUGCAAUCCACUGGACUCGUAUCAUCAUCGUCGUCGCAACAACUCCUGUCGCAAUCUCAAUCAUUGGCUGGUGAUUUCAACCCAACUUCGUUGUCAUCAGCAUAUUUUUCAUCAACUGCAGUUGAUGUAAACAACAAUCCCAUCUGUCAAAACAAUGUCAUUACCGGAGUUGAACUAAAUACCAGGCGAAAUAGUUCCAUGAUGAAUUAUUUUGCCACUCAGCAGCAGAAUUUCAACAAAGUUGGCAACAAUAAUUCAUCCAUAUUAAAGAAUACGAAUAAUGGCUGUGGGAGUCAGACGACUUAUAUGCCACCAUCUAGUCUAUCGUCAUCGAUGUUGAAUCAACAAAUGAUGCAACAGCAGCAACAGCAACAAUGUCAAUAUACGCACAACAAUGGCAAUGGCUGUUUCAACCGACAUCGCUACAUGCCAUACAAUCAUAAUCGCGCAUGUGCCACUGCAGCAGCAGCUGCUUCUGCCUCGUCUGGCCUAGGAAACUCAACCAUCAAUCCUGUGUCAACUGCAACCUCUUUGAAUAUGCAAUUUCAGCAAUAUGCUCCGAUUUACCAGAACUGCUCGAAUUCUUCCAUGAUGUUGUCAUCCCAAUCGAACUCGAGCGGUUCUGGAAUCUACGAUAACAGUUCAGAGCUUGACUUUAGCUAUGCAAAUGUUGUUGGAACUGGCCCAACUGCUACAACAACAUCUGCAUUAGCCAAUACUAGUACUACAUGUGUUACCAGUGCUGCCAAUACAAGUUUAAACAAUGGAAAGACCGGUGGAAAUGGUACCACUCAAUAUCAAUCGAAUGGAUCAUCACCAGGAAGUGAUCUUAAUCAAGUUGUCACUUUGCAAAUUAACAAUCUGGACUAUUCAAUGGACGAGGCAAGUCUUCGGAAUUUCCUUAUCAAUCAACUUAAACCGAUAACUCCGGUAGUGUCAUUGGUUUUUGAGGGUAGCUCCUUCGCCAAAGUCACUGUUCCGAAUCUAAACUUUGCCAAGCAAGUUGUUGCCAAUUUACACCGCAAAAAAAUCGGUCAUAAACGUAUGAUUGUGUCGUAUACACGUGACUCAUCGCUAACCGAAUUCAAUACCUUACGCUGCCAAGUAGCUGGUCUACUUAAAGAUGUCCCUUACUAUACUUUGCCAAUGUACAAAUUUCGCGAACUCUUUCAAUCACGUUUCAAAACAUCUAUCAGUGUUUUGGAUCUUUAUAAGAUGCAAGACAUCUGCAACAUUAACGCCGAUAGUAAUGAAGAAAAGUUCAUAAGUCUUCAGCCUGAGCUUUUCAAUUCUCUCGAUAGUAGCCCACUGAUGGAGGGUCUUCAGCAUAGUGUUCCAUAUUGUACGAUUCAUUUCAAACGGGAACAACACAAAGGUUGGGCUGAGCAGGAGAUUGAACCGUUGCCUAAUGUUUGUAUGACUAUAUCAGAGAUUGAACAAAUCAUCUAUCCUCUUCUUAAAAGCCAUCCUGGUGAUAUACCAGUUGCUAGCUUAGUGCAUUGUGUAGAGGGAGAGUUAAAUAUUCAGAUAGCCAAGAAUGAGAACGGGGUAAAUUUGGAACACUUGGUUUGUUGUGUCCAUGGGAUACAAAUCAAUACAAAUAGCUUUGGGAAUAAGAUCUUAGCCUGGUUGGAACAGGAGAAUAAUGUGGCAAAGGAUAAUGGCGAUAAUAGGUUCUAUGCAAAGAAUGCAACAGUUUCCGAUCCACUGUAUCAAAUUUCAAGAGAAGUUGUCGAACUGAUGAAGAUGUCUCCGAAAUCGACUAUGAAAUUCAACCGUUUUAUUCCGGCUUAUCACAAUCAUUUCGGUAAACAAUGUCGAGUUGCUGAUUAUGGAUACACCAAGCUGAUCGAAUUAUUCGAAGCUCUCUCAACAGUGGUCCAAAUUAUGGGCGAUGGUGAAAAUCGGCAAAUAACCCUUACCCAUCGUACUCAAGUUCGCCGUUUUACAUCAGACCUUCUGAGAAUUCUACGGGCAUUGGGUAACAAAUCAGUUCUGCUGUCCCAAUUGCCAUUGAUCUUCUCACAAAUACAACAUCGUAGCUUUGACAUUACCGAUUAUGGAGUGUGUGACAUUGUUGAUAUACUCGAUGGAUUAGUUAAUUCAAACAUAGUAACUGUUUCAACUGUUCAAAAUGGUAAAGACAUUUUAAUAUCAAUACCACAGCGUAAACAAACUUCAGCUGAGAUUGAAAAAACUAGCAUAUUUGCAAGUGAAGUGGUAGAAUUAUUUCGCAGUGCACCACAAUAUUCGAUAUUGUUUCAGAAAUUUGUUCGUUGCUAUCACUAUCAUUUUGCUUAUCAAUGCCGAUUGAGUGAUUAUGGGUUCUUUAAAUUGGCCGAUUUAAUGGAGGCCAUACAAGGAGUAGUAGAAAUGGAACAAAACAAUGAUGAAGAUAAAAAAGUAUUUCUUUCACCGAAGAUAGCUCGAAGGGUGUUAUCGGAGCAAUUGGAGGAAUUAAUUCGAGAAUUUACUGGAUCGUCAAAGACCUGUAUGAAACUCGAUGAUGUUUUGGAAUUGCAUAAGAAAAAAUUUGGCUAUAACAUUCAGCCACAGGUUUUGGGUGUAGCUGAUAUUCAUGAAGGCAUUAAUGUGUUGCCGUUUGUUGAGGUCUUGAAGAAUGAGAACAGUUUCUGGAUAAUAUGUCACAAUGACAAUGCUAUCUUUCGUACUCAAUGCUAUCGUUCUUGUAAUAUAAUUCAAGAACAUGGAAAAGAACAAGUCCCUAUGAAUGAUUUCAUAAGCUCAUUUAGCCUUAAGUACCAUGAGACAUUGCCAGAAACAUCAAUAGCUGCAAUGAAACAUGCAGUUGAGAUUGUUACAGAUCAUGAUACAAAAUUCCUAAGAAUCUCAUCCUUCAUGAAAUUCCUCAUGGGAGUUAUUCAAUUUAUAGAGCACCGUACAAUGCUUUUGUCAGAAAUUAAGAAUGCUCUUAAUGUGGAUUAUAUCAAUUGUUUCCAAUAUGGUUUUCCCAAUUUAUACACGAUUCUUCGUGCUUAUCCCGAUGUUUUUUCCGUAAAUACAGGACAAACCCAGGAACGUAGUGAGAUCUCAUUGAUUCUUCAAUCGGAAUUGGUUCUUCCAUUGAUUUCACGCACCAACACCAAUUCUGUUUUACAAUCUAAUAAUCAACAGAAACAACAAUCUUCCAAGAAAUUAUCUUCCACAACCAAAUUACGCCCUCAACAGCGUCUUCCAUUGAGUGAAAAUAAUAAUAAUCGUUCAUCAUUGAUAAACAAUAACAACAACAACAACAAGACGUCAGAUUUAGUGGCAUCAAAAAUUCCACAACAAUCUAUUGUCACCAACAAAGGACCAUUGAGUGGUUCGCAUUUUUAUCCAAAACAACAAUCAAUUCCCACCAAACAACAACAGCCACAACCUAUGAUGGCUAACAAUAGUAAUAUUAAUAACAAUAAUAACAACUCUGGUGGCAACAUGAGCAAUACAACAACAACAACAACUAACAGCAAUAGUUGCUUCAACACUAGCUCAAAUUCAAGCAACUUCAAUAACAUAUUGAAUACAACUGCGACAUCUAGCAGCAACAAGGAGAACUCUUUCAAUAAUUCUGCAUUUAAUGUGUCAUUCAAUUCAUCAAUGAAUUCACUUUCGGAUCCGAAUACGAGCAUGGGAAGUGUCAAUGGUGGCACACCAGCUGCGAUAGGUUUCUCCAAGUUGUGGGAUCGUCGUCGAGGAAACUAUUAUAAUAGUACAACGGUAAAUGCUAAUACGGAACAGGCUAAUAGUUGUAUUUUCGAAAUGACAAAUGUGAAUAUGCAAAUGUGUCCGGUUUAUGAACCACCUAAACCGGAUACACCACCAUCUGAUAAUAUGCCAUUUUGGAUUGAUCCGAUUUGGGCGAAUAGUAAUGGUGAAAAGCCACCAAAAAUCAAUCCGCUCAAUAUCAAACUAGCACAAUUAAAGGCUUUCAACAUUUCACCAAUGAUUUUGUCUCCAUAUACUUUAUCAAAAACUGAAAAUAUGAAACAACAAAUGUUUAGUUUUGAUAAUCAUGAUCGAAAAAUUGCCUAGAAAAACAAAAAACAUAAAAAAAAAUAGAUAAACAAACUGUUUAAAAAACCAAAAUUAGCAUAUUAUAAAUUCAAACCACAAAAAAAAAAAAAAAUACAAAACAAAAAAUGAUUUUAUUAUUUAUUUAUAUAUAUUAUGUAAAAUUAUGUCGUGCAACUUGUUUAAAAUUAUAUUAUUAUCGUUAGCACGCUUUAAAAAUGUUUUGUUAGAUUUUAUUUUUAUUUUUUAUAUAGAAAAAUAGUUAAUAUGUAGUUUAAAAAAAAAUAUUAUAUCGCAUCGCAGCGCGAGUUUUUUUUUUAAUUUUAAAAUUAUUGUAAAUUUUUUUUCGCCGGUAUACAAAAAAACAUUAUAACAAAAAUCAUAUUGAUAUUAAUUACAAAUAUUUAUUAUAAUAACAAUUUUUUUAACUUUUAAAUUUAAAAGCGGAAUUGUAAAACUUUUGUUGAUCAAAAAGAUAUAAAAAAAAUAUUAUUGUAAAUUCGGGAAUCAAAAACCAACGAAAAUCUAUUAUUCAAGAACGAAUGUAAAAAAAAAAGAAAAAUAUUUGUUAAGUAAACACAAAUUGCAUGCCAACAAAAAAUGUUGUGUGU